UGUUGUGCAAGCAGACGCGAUUCCUUCAUCACUUAAUGCAAAACUGGAGUUGUUAGACUCCAGCAGCAACGACGACACCAUUCACUCCACCAACCUGAAUCGCAAACUGAUCAAAAUUAAAAAGUUUAAGCUGGACGAUAUGAAGGAAAUGGUGGGCGGCUGUUGCGUUUGUUCCGACGAGCGGGGGUGGCCGGAGAACCCGCUCGUCUACUGUGACGGCCAAAAUUGUACGGUUGCUGUGCAUCAGGCAUGCUACGGCAUCGUUACAGUGCCCACCGGACCCUGGUAUUGUCGCAAAUGUGAAUCCCAGGAGCGCACCUCACGCGUCCGCUGCGAGAUUUGUCCGUCGCGGGACGGAGCCCUCAAGAAGACAGACACCGCUGGCUGGGCCCAUGUCGUCUGCGCCUUGUACAUACCCGAAAUACGCUUUGGCAAUGUGACGACCAUGGAGCCCAUCAUACUGACCCUAAUACCCCAGGAGCGCUACUCGAAAACUUGCUACAUUUGCCAGGAGAUUGGUAAGUCAAAUCGGGCGAAUGUCGGCGCCUGCAUGCAGUGCAACAAGGCGAAUUGCAAGCAACAGUUUCAUGUGACCUGCGCCCAAAGUUUGGGCCUGCUCUGCGAGGAGGCUGGCAACUAUUUGGACAAUGUCAAGUAUUGUGGAUAUUGUCAGCAUCACUACAGCAAAUUGAAAAAGGGCGGUAACGUCAAAACCAUACCACCCUAUAAACCCAUUCAACAUGACACCUCCUCCGAUUCGUGCUCGUCGCCCGAGAAGGAAAUCGAUUCGACCAUGAAUUCGGCACCCACCUCAGCGACAAGCAUCAAAAUCACCACCAGCAGCACCAGUAGCAGCAACAGCAACACACUCGCCAUCAGCUCCUCAAGUCUGUCGGGAGGUGGUGCGUCUGGUGCAAGUGCUGGUGCAGGUGCUGGUAGUGCUGGCAGCAACGUUUCAUCCUCAUCAAAGCAGCGCAAAUCAAAUGCCUCCGGAAAAUCAUCAUCCUUGUCCUCAUCAUCAUCGUCCAGCAGCAGCAGCAGUUCCACAACAGCAACGGCACCACAAAAUACUACAAGCUCGUCGAAUACUGGCGUUGCUGCUGCAAGCAACACUUUAGCUGCGAGCAGUUUUCUAGCCAGUGGCGCCACCAACACCAGCAGCAGCAACAACAACAGCUUAACUGGACCUGCCACAUUAGGUGUUGGUGGUGUUCUUGGUGGUGCUGUCACCGCUGGCAAUGCAAUCAAUAGCACCUCUCUAACUGGCUCAGGCAGCGGCAACGGCAGUGGCAGCAACAAUCCAAUCGUAUCCAGCAAUUCUACCAGCAGCAAAUCAUCGGCAACCAGUUCCAGCAGCAGCUACAAGGAUAAGCAUAGCAAAAGUCUGAGCAAACAGUCCAGCUCCAGCAAAGAUAAAGAUAAGGAUAACGCUAACAAUUCAACAAACAAUAGUUUUUCCCACUCCUCCGCCUCGUCCUCAUCGUCAUCCUCAUCCUCGUCACGCGAAAAAUCCUCCAAGUCGUCGAAGAACAAGGAGAGCAGCACUAAAGAAGCUGCAAACGCUAGCAGUGCGAGCAGCAGUGGCAACAGCAACACCCUUGCCACAAGCAGCAGCACCACUGGCAGCAGCAUGCCCAAUGCAAGUAGCAGUCAUCCCGGCGCAGUCUCCAGCAGUGGCAGCAGUGGCAACAACAUGUCUGCUGUCUCCAUAAAUGAGCACAGUAAUCAUGCCCAGAAUCUGAGCACAACUGCGGCGGGCAAACUGCAGUUGGCCAGCAAUUUAGGUGGCGGUUACGGCAACGAUUUGCUGCAUGCAACAGCAAAUAGCAGCAGCAGCAAUAAUGCCGCCAAGGAUCAUCCCAGUGGAGGCAAUGCUAGCAAUUUGGAUAGUUUGUUGGGCGCUGGUUCGUCCACAGCAAACAGUGGCGCCAAUUUGCUGGGUCUCAGCUCGAAUUCAGGCAAUAAUCUGAGUGGCAGCAAUAAGGCAGCAACAUCUGUUGCAAGUGCAACAUCCACAACAGCAGCAUCAAGCCACAAUCAGUCACAAUUGUCGAGCAGCUCCUCCACCGUGUCCAAAAAACGAAAAGUGGACAUUACCAAAUCGAGCGUCAAUCUGGAUGAUCACAAUAGCUCCUUUCGGGAUAUUAUCAAGGAUGUUCAUGUGUCUUUAACACCUCUAACGGACUUUGAGAAGGAAAUCGAGAAAAGCUCCAAGCGGCAACGCACCGAGUUGAGUCCACCCACGCAUCAAGCAUCCGCCACCGCCGAGGUGAACGCGACGUUGGCGAGUGGCGCCACAACAGCGACGAUAGCUGCGAGUGGGACAACGAUAUCAGCAGUAACCACAGCGAGCAGCAGCUCGACAGCUACAGCAACAGGAGGGGCAGGCACUGGUGGCACCACCACAACGAGCACUGGCAGCAGUUUGGCAAGCAGCAUUACUGCAACCGUUGGUGGUUAUGCGAAAAGCGAGGCAAGCAAAACAAUUGGCAGCAGCAGCAGCAACAGCAGUAAACAUGGCAGCAAGGAUGGCAACAAUACUGCCACAAGUGGCAGCAACAGUGCUGCGCCCAGCUUGUAUGUCUCGGUGCCGCUGUCCACAGCCAAUGUACCUGGUAUUAAUUUGCCCAGCAAUAGCAGCAGCAGCACAGAGACACAUGGCAGCAUGCAACAAGGCGGUGCAGCACAGUCACAAACACAGUCGCCACUCAUCGCUGGUGCAUAUGCAGCUGGAGCAAACGCUGGCAACAACAACAACAGCAGCAGCAGUAGCGGCGGCAAUACUGCCUCAUCCACCUCCUCCAGCGUUAUACAGCAUCAGAGUGGUAAGUCUUCGCCAGCUUUGGGUGCACUGGUGAGCAGUAGCGCCAGCACAGUAAAUCUAACGGCGACAACAACGGAGAGUGGCAACUUGAAGAUUAGCUUUGAGAAGCAAACGACUCGCGUGCAACAGUUGCAGGAGCAGGAAGCAUCGCCAGCACGGCGCAGCAGAACGCCAGAUCUCACAUCCAACAGCAACAGCAGUAGCAUCACAGCAGCAGCAACAACAACAGCAACAACAACGACACCCAGUGGCAGCAGCCUGUUGAACCUCAACAGUGGUGGUCUCAAAUUCACCUAUGAGGCACAAACGCUGAGCAGCCAACAACUGGAUGUGCCCAUGUUGCCGGUUAGCGCCAUUAAGGAUUCGCCGCCCAGUUCGCCCGGCUCCGAAAUUGGUACACCACUUCAUGCCACAGCCGUGGCAUCAACGAUAAGCAGCGCUGCUUUGCCCGCUGUUGUUGCAGCAGCAGCCAGCAGCAAUGUACGCAAACGUGGACGCAAGGCCAAGGACGCAACUCUGGCAGCAGCAGCAGCACAAGCGACAGCAGCAGCAGCUGCAGCAGCAGCAGUUGCAACCACUCAACAUGAUCUCAAGGAUGUGCGUUUGCUGCAAAAUGGUGCAACAGCAGCAGCGAGUGCUCCGACGCCGCCAGCAACGCCAGCGAUUAGCAUUAGCUCGAGCACGAGUAGCAGCAGCAGCGGCAGCGUCUCCAGCUCAAUUAUCGCCCAUACCGCCACCCAUAUGCUCGGGAAUCAUGUGAAUCCCAAUAGCAGUGUGGCUCAGAAGCUAUCCGAGCAGUUGCACAUGGAGGUGCAGGAUCACUCGAUUUAUACAACGGACUCCAUGAACUCACAGUUUGUGGGCGUCCCAUUUCCCGGCAAGCAGCGAACUCCGUUAGUGCCCAGCAAUGCAACUGUUGCAUCGAAUCCACUGCAAUCUAUGUUUGGGGGCGGUGGCAUCAAUGGCAAUAUGCCCAUACCACAGAGUCUAGAGCAGCUGCUGGAGCGUCAGUGGGAGCAGGGCUCACAGUUUCUCAUGGAGCAGGCGCAGCAUUUUGACAUUGCCUCGCUGUUAAGCUGUCUACACCAGCUGCAGAGUGAGAACCUCCGUCUCGAGGAGCAUGUGACCAGUUUGCUGGCGCGUCGAGAUCAUCUGCUGGCUGUGAAUGCCCGCCUCCAAAUACCGCUCAAUAAUGCGAUCAACAAUGCCAAAGCCGCCGAUGCGCAUGGUAAGUAGUUGUGGCAUCCACUCACUCACUCAGUACUUGGUGUCGGCACUACUUGCAACACACACUCUCCACAUAAACACAUACACAAACACCCACAUACAAAAGAAACCACCCAAUGGAGGAGGCAUUAAUAAUCCACCUUAAUGUAAUGUUUUACAUAUAUUAAUGUACGUACUAAAUACAUAAAUACUCACAUCUACAGAUUCUAAAAUGUUAUGCUUGUGAGCUGUUAAGCCUGUUUGGCGUUGCCAGACCUCACACUAAUGCUAUGUUAUCGCAUUAAUUAAAAUUACACAUUAAGUUAAUUGGGUACAACUACUGAUCUUGUACAUAACAUUAUUAAUAUUACAUUUAUUAAUUAAACAAAAGCGAAAUACAAAAACUUCUUAUACUAGAACACCGAUGAUAGAAUGAGAAGAACAUGUACAAAUAUUUACAACUCGAAUCCGUUUUGCUUUUUAUCAUUACUGCUUAUAAUACACAAGACUUCGGAUGUACGCACUUAAUGUCAAGUUUAGGCUAAUUUCUCAAUUAAUGUAACAAAAUAGGAAUACAAAAAGUCUACCACUUAUUUUCUUUAUAGUAA